UAAACAUAACCAACAAAAUAGAAUCAUCGAAACUUCAUUCCGAUACCGUGUGUUUGAACACACAUUGUUUUUUCUCUUAAAUUGGUGAAGUGUGAAUAUUAACAUAAAACUAAAUGCUAUGGUUUGCUUUGUAAACGAUAGUUUUUCAAAGGAAGACACUAAAAUGACGACGAACAAACCGGACGAUACUAUAGACGAUUUAACCAUCGAUGAAAAUGCAUUUCUACAUUUGAAACUACAGAGAAUCGCUGGUGGUAGUGUCAUUGAAUUUCCACCAACCUUUUCACCUCACGGAGAUUCGCUAUUUGUCAUUUCGCACGAUCACAUUUUGGUGUACAGUUCAACGACGGGCGAAUAUGUUCGUGAAUUGGAAGGAAUUUCCGGCAAAAAAAUAAUUGCCAUUCAGUGUGACCCAAAUAAUUCGAAGUUACUUUACGGUUGUACUGAAUCGGGUGACAUCAUUUCAUGGAAAUGGAAAUCUGGUGUUAUCAAUGAAAAACAUUUUCUUCGCAUCUCAGCUGCCCAUUCACCGAAAAUCAAUACCUUUUCAUUGAUACCAAUGAAAGAUGCAUCGCAAACGUAUGGUUUGAUCACAUGGCGUCGAACAAAAAGAGAUAAUGUGCAAAUUGGCAUUUUUAAUUUGUUGAAUGGAUUACAAGAAGAUGUGAAAUUGCCGCUUAAAUUGGCUCCAUCGACGGUUCGAACAGCUGUUGCACCGGGUCAAAAUUAUUUUGUCGUGAUUCAGGAUAAAUUUUUGUAUUGUGUCAACUAUGUGAACGGUGACGUAAAACUAUGGACAAAUAUUCAAGGCGAUUUAUUAACAUGCGUUGCAUGCCAUCCAACACAACAAGUGGUCGCCACUGGAGAUGUAAAAGGUCGCAUUCUAUUAUAUCGUGAAAUCUUCCGAAAAGUUGAACCAAAAACCACACUCUAUCAUUGGCAUCAUACUCCGGUCACCACGGUUACAUUCACCGAAUCCGGAUCGAAUUUCUAUUCGGGCGGUUUGGAGAACACCUUGUGCCAUUGGGAUAUCAGACAACAAAAACCAAUUGGCUUUGUACCUCGAAUGCAAGGAACACCAGUGCAUAUUGUGAUUGGAGCUGAAAAUAGAAAAAUAUCUGUGGCAACUGACGAUAAUGGCAUUCAAAUUUUUAACGCACAAAAUAAUGUAACGGCUGUCAUUCAGAACUUUACAUGGAUUCCAUAUGAUAAAACAAACAUUCCGAAAUUUCCAAUCGGAUUGAAAGUGAAUCCACGAACAAAUUCGCUGGUGUUGAACGGACGACUCGGCCAUUUGCAAUUUUUCUCCACUUACACAAGAACAUUGUUGUAUAAUCUGGAUACCACUGCCCAAAAUCGAUUGAACAUUGAAGCUGAAAAGAUCCUGUACAAUUUAUAUGUGUCUCAUGCUAGCCUGAAUGAAGACUGGUUGGCAACGGCUGAAAUUCUUGACGACCAUGAGCACACCAUUGAGUGUCGCUUGAAAUUUUGGAAAUUCGAUGAUGCACUACAAAAAUACAGUUUGAAUACACAAAUUGAAUUGCCACACGAAAACGGGGUUCGAACGUUAGAAUUUUCUACGCUUCAUUCGGUGGACAAUUUGCUAUGUGCUUCGAGUGGUGAAUAUGAUGUUAAAAUUUGGGCACUGGAAGAUUCACCAAAUUAUAAAAAAAAAGGAAAAGUGUGGACAUGUAUCGCACGUGCAAGCUACAAAAAUUUACCAAUCAAAUCACUUGGAUUUUCUUCGGACACAUCAUUGUUGGGCGUUGGUUUCGGCAACACUUUAUGUAUUUACAAUUCUGAAACAUUACAUUUGCGAUGCGCAUUGAGUGCUCCGUCCGGAUUAGAUGGCAGUGUAAAUAAAAUGACAAUCACAUUGCCAAAGAGUAACGAUAAAACAAAUUUAGACACACUACGUCAGCAUUUUGUUGAAAAGCGUAAAAAGUUACUGUCAGCAAUUCGUUCGAUGUUGGAAACUGACGAAGCGGUUACCGUAACGAGAAUAACAAAUAGUGUCGAAAAAUUGAAACCCGUGGAACAAAAAUUGCCCGCAAAUUUGUCGGAGGAACAAAAAAAGAUGAUUUUCAAUCAGGUGCUAGCUUCGAACAGUAUAAAUUUGUUCCAGAAGAUUCAUAUUUUCGACAAGUUCAAUUUACACGGCAGAAUACCGGCAAAGUCAAAAAAAUCAUAUACGGAGUAUUGUGAACAAAUCGACAAUGGACUAAGGUGUACAAAUGUUCUUGGUCGAAUGUUGAAUUUGUCAACGAAACAGAAAUUCAAAUUCGCCCACAAAUAUAAUCAAUCAAAUUUGCAAAAGCAACGAAGUCGCCAUACCCUAGAUGCCUUCAAGCGUGUCAUAAAUUGUACAAAAACGACAGCAAAAAAAACCGUAUCAAACGGUGUGACUGAUGAUCAAAUUAUGGAAGAAUGUUCCGCAGAAAAUGAAAUCAAAUUAAUUCAUCCACAAAAACCAACCGUACAUAUAACACACGUUGCAUUUUGUACCGGAGAAUUUGCCCAUUUAGUCAUUGUUUGUACAGAAAAGCGAUUAUUAAUCUGGAAUUUACUAACACUUCGUAUACAAUCGGCAUUCAAAGUGGCAGUUGAAAAACUUAACGUCGAUUUGUACACAAGUUUGGUUGCAAUUGUUGCGAAAAAUCAUGAUUUAUUUGUUUUUCUGCCAAACACACCAAUCACUCUGUAUCAACAUAAACAAUUACCGAAAAUUGAUGGAUUGGCAUGGAUUCCACGGCAGCAUCCACGGAAUCGUUCGCUCACAGUUGACUGGCAGGCCCAUACUGAACUUUAUUUCUUAAGCAGCGACAAACAGGAAUUACUACGACUUGUAUCAACCAACGACGAAGAUUCGUACAAUUCGAAUGCAUUCUAUUUAAGUGAUAAUGUGCAAACAUUGCCAAAUACACCGUUUGCCGCAAUGAUAGCAAAACAACAGACCAAUUAUGCAAUUGCCGAAGACAAACGAUCCACUGUCACUUACGGAAUUGGCGUUCCAGGCAAAGACAGCGUUAAAGAGUUGACAUCACUGCAGGCACACACCAUGGCACCGAUGAAUCUGUUUUGUACAAGUUUCCUGAAAUCGUUGCUGGUUAAAGAGGAUACAACGACUAAACCACAACGCCCACAAAAUGACGCCGAUGAUGAUGAAGACAAUCAAAUGCACUCAGAUGACGAUGAUUGAAUCAUAUGCCAAUGAAAAUCGGCCCCGUUGGAAUGAAAAAUAAUAAAAAAGUAUAUUGAAUAAGCAUCCGAUGCAGCAUUCAUCGAUUGAACUUUGUUGUAACAUUUUUUUAAAAACAUUGAAAAUAUAUCACCUGCUUUCGUUUUUUAAGCAAAAACAA